GACAGCCCUGCACACAGGAAAGCUGGGUGUGGAAGAUAGGGAAGUCAUUCACAUCUUUGCUGGAAUAAAUGCAUUUUUUCCUUGUGUUUGUUUGUUUGUUUUUAUGUCAGAGCAGAUUUGCGAGCUGGACAGCAUUGUUCAGUAACACAUACAUCUCAAUCUUGGGACACAAAGAUGUGUUUGGGAUGUCUGGCGUGAAAAUCAUUUAGUGACUGAGGCUGUGGCUGAUCUCAGAUGAAGUUCCCAUAGACAGCGCUUUGUCAAGUUUAUUGGGAUUUUCUUUUUUGGAAAGGAUAACUGUAAGGCCCAGUCACCGCUAAUGAGUUCUGCGCUUACACGCUGCACAAAGACCCCGAAAGCAGCGGCAUGGAGAACCGGAGCCGCCGGCACCCUCAACAACCCAAUGACAAGGCCGAAGAGGCCUCGACUGGGCCCACAUCCUCCAUGCCUCAGUCCCCUCUACUGUCUGGAGCUUCCUCUCUUAUCUCUCUCACCCAGACAGAGGAGUUCUUUGACCUGAUAGCCAGCUCGCAGAGCCGCAGACUGGACGACCAGAGAGCCAGUAUAGGCGAUCGGCUGGGCAUCAGAAUAGCGCAAAACAACGUGGGACACUUGUGCGAGGCGUGCAGUCCACGGGAACCUAGUGACGAGUUUUUCAACAUGCUCAUAAAAUACCAGUCCUCCAGAAUCAAUGACCAGAGAUGCUCUUUACCGCCAGCACCAGACGACCCAGAUGAAGACUUCUUCAGCCUAAUCCAGAAAGUGCAAUCCAAACGGAUGGAUGAACAGCGGGUAUCUUUUUAUCCUGACGAAAAAGAUGAGACAGACUCGAAUCAUAAGUCCAAAACCUCUGAAGGAUCAAGUUAGAGACCUUUUAUGUUGACAUCAGCCACGCAACGGUCUUAGACCAUCUGGAUGUGCGUUUUGCGUGAUCUUCAGAGGCUUGGUUUAGGCGAAUAACGUAGGACAGUAGUAGAAUUGUUACAAAGUGAUUUAAUUCGUAUUUUGCUGUCCCGGAUGCGAGCCCAAACCUCACAGGAGUGUCCGAAAGUGUUUGUGUUCCACACAUUGUUUCAUCAUGUUUGUGCAGAAGUAAAACAACACCAUGGAAAACGACGAUUAACAUACUUAUGAAGGGUAAAGUUACUAACCGCUCUCACACAAAACAGUAUAGAUCGGCGUGACAAACAAGCGUUGCGCAUAAUUCACGAGCAGGUGCGUGUCCGUUUAGCUCGAGUGGAAAGUAUGUCUCAGCACAUGCUGAAUAUGAAGUUAGUGAUUCUCAGCAGAUGGGUGAAAUUGCAUUCGGCAUGACGAUGGAUUUCCGUGGUUGGGAUCAGUCGGUGGUCUAAUUCUGCCGUAAUAAAUAAUAUGACAACUAAAUACUAGUUAGCAGCAGUGUCCUAUCAAAGAUGAGAUCUAAAAUUUGGAUAGUUUGUCUGAAAAAAGAACAUACAGUAUGAGCACUGUUUAACAUGCCGUUUUGCUGUUUUGAAAUAAACAUGAUGUUUUAGUAUGGUGUCCGUGUUGUCUUUUUAAUAGCAAAAGUAUCAGGGCUGAAUGAUAAUGGGUAAAACGGUCAUUAAAAUUAU